AUGGAGAUGCUGAACUGGGAAUUGGUCCUGAAAGGCUGCAAGAAGCUGAACCUGUCGGUGCACUCGGUGGGACGGAUCCCGGGGGGCUACGUCACCAACCACAUCUACACCUGGGUGGACCCCCAGGGCCGCAGCGUGUCCCCCCCCGGGGGGCUGCCCCACCACCAGCACAGCUCCCUGCGCAGGGACAGCGAGAAGAGGAGCCACCUCCAGCUCCUGCAGGAGGGAGAUGAGAAGAAGGUGAAUCUGGUCCUGAAUGAAGGGAAAUCCUUGGGCCUCAUGAUCCGAGGAGGGGCAGAGUAUUCCUUGGGCAUCUACAUCACCGGGGUGGAUAAAGGCUCCGAAGCAGAGAGCACAGGCUUAAAGGUAAGGGACCAGCACCCCAAGCUCAACCCACGCCUGGUGCUGUGUCUCAUCCACGACGAGGCGGUGAAGCUGCUCAAGUCCUCCCGGCACCUGAUGAUGACGGUGAAGGACAUCGGGAGGCUGCCCCACGCCCGCACCACGGUGGACGAGACCAGGUGGAUUGCAAGCUCCCAGGUCGGGGACACCCUCGUCAGCUGCGCAGGGGCAGUGGGCAACCGUGCUGCAGAGGUGACAGCCAGGCAGCUGGUUCCUUGGCAUCCCAGCCCAAAGGCUGUCUCCUGUCUCCUUCUGCAGCCCGUGUUUUACCGGGGCCUGGCUGGCUCCCAGGUCACCCUGAGCAGCAUGGUGAACCAGACCCGGGUCAUGCUGGAGGAGCAGGCCAGGCACCUGCUGAACGAGCAGGAACGGGCCACCAUGGGCUACUACCUUGACGAGUACAAGGAGGGCAACAUCUCCGUGGAUGCUCUGGUCAUGGCCCUCUUCGAGCUGCUCAACACACACGCUAAGUUCUCCCUGCUCGCAGAGGUGCGGGGUGUGAUCUCCCCCCAGGACCUCGACCGCUUCGACAACCUGGUGCUGAAGAGGGAGAUCGAGUCCAUGAAGGCACGGCAGCCCUCGGGGGCCCUGCCUGCUGACUCCUACUCCAUGAUGUCCUACAGUGACACCGUCUCUUCCUCCAGCAGCCACUUCACUGCCACCACCGUCAGCUCAGCCCGGGAGAGGCUCCUGUGGCUGAUAGACCUGAUGGAGAACACGUCAGAAUUGGAGGGAGGUGGAGACAGCAACCAAAGCAGCAUCAACACCCUGCCAGACAUCUCCCUGGAUGAUCUCUCCUCCUUCCCAGAUGAACCACCCAACUUCAAGCCUCCUCCUCCUCCUCCAGCCCCUCAGAUCCACCCCGAGAAGGACACACUCAGCAUCACCUCCACUGCCACCACAUCCACCGAGGAGUCUGCCCCAAGUGCUAUCUAUGCCACCAUCUCCCCAGCCCUACACAGCUCCAGGAGGCAGAUGGAUGCCCAGCUCUCCUUGGUCAACCAGCACCCCAUUGGGCCCUUCCCCAGGGUCCAGUCCCCAACCAGGUUGAAGAGCCCAUCCCCAGACAGCCCUGCAGCUGGUGGGCUGCAGAGCAGCCCUUCCCCAUCCCCUCCUCCUCCCCCAGCCCACCCAGCUCCCCCUCCACCAGACAAGGGCAGCCCCCAGGCCAUGGCCAACCAGCACUUCAUCAUGGUGGAGGUUCACCAACCCAACAGUGAACCCGACGUCAACGAAGUCAGGCCCUUGCCCCAGGCCAGAGCCUCCACGCUCUCCCAGCUGUCGGACAGCGGGCAGACCCUCAGCGAGGACAGCGGGGUGGACAUCGGGGAGGUGGAGGUGGGCAGCAAGGACAAGAGCCGGCAGCCGGGCCCUGGGAAAAGCCGCAGCCUCAAGGAGGCCACCAGGAGCGAGGGGGUGGCAGAAGGGGCUUCCAAGCCGCCAGGACUCCUGGAGCCCACCUCCUGCCUGAUCCGGGUGUCCAAGAGCGCGCCCACCCUGGGAAUCGCCAUCGAGGGGGGAGCCAACACGCGGCAGCCGCUGCCCCGCAUCGUCACCAUCCAGCGUGGGGGCUCAGCACACAACUGUGGGAAGCUGAAGGUUGGCCACGUCAUUUUGGAAGUGAACGGCACGGGGUUACGGGGCAAGGAGCACCGGGAAGCUGCCCGGAUCAUCGCUGAGGCCUUUAAGCUGAAGGAAAAGGACUACAUUGAUUUCUUGGUCACAGAAUUCAACGUGGCCCUUUAG